AUGGCUUGGGUAACCAAAAGUGAGCGGUUCAAUUGGGAGAGAGCCAAGCUGGUCGAAGACCCGAAGGACCAAGUCGGUCCUGGACAGUAUCCUGCGCCGACAUCCUUCAAGGAGGCUGCGAAGCCUUCCUAUGCACCGUUCAACUCUUCGGGCAGUGAUGCCCAGGUGGGCACCUCCACCAUCAUGCGGUCCGAUGAGCGCGGCCAGCGUGUUAACGUGGCAAAUUUGUCGCGCCUUGUAGAAGUCAUCAGUGACCUGGGCCACCAAGGCUAUAAGGUUGUCCUUGUCAGCUCUGGAGCCGUAGGGAUGGGCUGCAGAGAGCUGGGAUUGGCCAAGAAGCCCACGGACCCACAGAUGAAGCGUGCAGUGGCCGGUGUAGGUCAGAGCAGGAUCAUGCGGAUGUACUCCGAGCUCUUUGAGACCGUUGGGCUCAAAAUUGCACAGCUCCUGGUAAGUCAGCGGGACUUCUUGGAGCAGCAGCGUUGGGCAGAGAUCCGGGAUACCAUUGCAGCCUGCCUCGAUGCCGGAGUUGUCCCCAUCAUCAACGAGAAUGAUACCACCAACACUGACGGAGUCCGCUUCGGCGACAACGACAAUCUGGCAGCCCUUACGGCUGUGCAGCUGGAGGCGGAUGGGGUCUUUUUGUUUACGGAUGUGGACUACCUUUACACAGCCAAUCCAAACGUGGAUCCCUCAGCAGAGCCCAUGCGUGUGGUCAACGAGGCUUUUGAGCUGAAUGUGGACACCCGGGAGCCUGGCACGUCGCUUGGCACUGGGGGGAUGUCCACGAAGGUGGCAGCAGCCCGGACGGCCCAUUGUGCCGGCAUCCCUUGCGGUAUCCUGCACGGGAAGCACCCGGAGCGCAUCUUCAGCUUCCUCGCACAUGAUGAGACAGCUUCCACGCACAGUGGCCGCAGCCCGCUGGAGUGCGAGACUCCGAGUGAGCUGACGGAGCCUGAGCCGGAGGGCACCCUCUUCACGGCCGAAGAUGGCGAGCAACUGACAGAGGCAGAGAGGUGGAUCCUGAGCUUGCCUGUGGUGGGCGACGUAGACCUACCCACUGAGCUCAAGUCUGUGGACUUGCGAGACUUCAUCCUGGACGCUGUAGCUGGUGAGCUUAGCAAGAUGAAGAGUUUGUCAAGGACUGCCCAUCAUGGUGCCGUCAGGGUCUUCCACCACAACAUCGAGAUUGCAAGGACCCGGGUCAGUUUUGACGAGGAAGGUGCGUGCAGCCUUCGAAGCUUGAUGCCUGAAGAGAGUGUGGUCCUAACCCCUGGGUUGUUUGAAGGGAAGAAGGACACGUCCCUCGGAAUCGAUCCUGGCCGGUACAACCCCAAGAUCCCACAAGCCUACGACCACGGUUUGCCGAAGAAGCACGUGCCUUUCACUUGCGGGUCCACCCGCUUUGACCACGGGGGCAAGAAGGAUUACCGGCCUGGCCCCGGUGACUACAACGCGGCGAAACAGACGCUGGCGGGCGCCCUGACCGUGUCCGCGGCGAAGACGAUGGGGGUAGCGCCCGCCGGGCGCUAG